GCCCUCCAAUUCCACCGCCCUCCCCCAUCCAUUCUCCUCUCGCCCCUCCCCGUCCACCCCGUACAGCCUCAAUCAUGUCUGUCGUGUCGCUUCUCGGCGUCGAGGUUAAGAACAACCCCGCGCGCUUUGACGAGCCCUACGAGUUUGAAAUCACAUUCGAGUGCCUCGAGCAGCUGCAAAAGGACCUCGAGUGGAAAUUGACCUAUGUCGGCUCCGCGACCUCCAACGAGUAUGACCAGGAGCUAGACUCAGUUCUCGUCGGGCCCCUCCCAGUUGGCGUCAACAAGUUCCAGUUCCGCGCCGACCCUCCGGACCUAUCGCGCAUCCCAAACAGCGAAAUCAUUGGCGUCACAGUCAUCCUGCUCAGCUGCAGCUACGAUGAGCGCGAGUUUGUCCGCGUCGGCUACUACGUGAACAACGAGUACACAGAUGAGGCGCUCGCCCUGGACCCGCCCACCAAGCCCGUCAUUGAGAAGGUGCAGAGGCAGAUUCUUGCAGAGAAGCCUCGCGUUACCCGCUUUGCCAUCAAGUGGGACUCUGAAGAGUCUGCACCGCCCGAGUUUCCCCCCGAGCAGCCAGAGGCCGACCUCACGGCCGACGGAGACCAGUACGGCAUCGAGGAAGAGGAAGAAGAAGACAUCGAAGGCGAGGGCGCCGCCGCAGAGGGAGACGAUGCCGCCAUGGCAGGUGGCGAGGACACGGCCGGCCCCGCUAACGACGACGACGCCGAGUCCGAGGCUGGCAGCGAGGAGAUUGACAUUGAAGAUUCAGAAGACGACGAAGAGGAGGAGGGCGAAGAGGGCGGAGACGACGACAUGGACAUGGACGAUGCUGAGCCAAGCGCUGCCAGCGGCGACAAGCCGGCCGCGCAACAACAGCCCGGGGGCGCCGCACAACAGCAACAGCAACAGCAUGGCGCAGAUGUCAUGGUACACUAAGCGGGGCAUCGACGUCUCGCAGCCGGCUGAUUAUCUGGCCUUGUAUACCUGCCAUUUCGGAUGCUUUGCAACUGCUUGGUAGUCUUCAGGAUAGGUGCCUCUCCGACUUGCAGUAGCUACAGUUUGCAGCAAGUAGUUCUUCCCUUUGCCACGAAAUUUCAACGCACGAUUCCCACGGUCAGCAUCGUGUCCCCAUGUUGGUGUGUGUGACGAUGAUGCGGCCGCCCGAGCGUCU